GCACGCCGCCUGCGGGGCGCACAAAGCGGGUCGCAGCCAGGGCACCGGCCGGGAGGAGGCGAGGCCCGUGCGCCGCGCCUGCAGCGCCCUCCGCGCGGGCACAGGGGCCGGGGCGGCGGCCUCCGCGCGCGUUCCUUUCUCGGGCCCGGCGAUCGCCGCCCGGUCUUUUGCAUCCCGGUCCCCAGCGCUUCCUGGCUCUGCCCGCCUGCGCCCCAGACGUCCUAUCCAGGCAAGGCCGGCGCCGCAGCUGUUGCUCGCGCGGCACUACCCCGUGCCCGGGCUGCACUGGUCCCCGGAGCGGAGCAGAGCAGAGCGGAGCGGCGCUGCGGGCGGGCGGGCGGGAAGGGAGGGAAGGAGACGCCGCUCCUCCUCCCACUGCCGCUGGGUCCCAGCGCGCCCGCCCGGAGCCCCGCCAGCCUGGCCUCGGGUGCUCUGUAUGGUGUCCAAGGACUCUAAUCCAGUAAAGUGUGCACUCUACGAGAAACUGGUAACUGCAAAGGACCACUCUUCCCAAUCCAUACUGAGAUAAGACCCUUUCUAGUCUUCCACAGGAGCCUCUGAAGACCCAUGAAGGAUUCACUGACCUGUCUCUGAUUCCAUCAAGCUUCAUCCAAGAUGAUGUAAAGGAAAUGAGUUCAUCAUUUUUAACAGCUGAGUAGUAUUCCAUUGUGUAUAUAAACCACAGCUUUCUUAGCCACUCAUCUGAUACUGAAUACCUGGCUUACUUCCAUUUGGACUGCUAAAAAUGGUUCUUUAUGAACUUAGGUAGGUCUCCUUGAAUGGGAAUACUGGAUUCUUUUGGAUAUCUUCUCAGGAGAGGGAUCACCAGGUCAUAGGAGAGAGAGAAACUAUAAAACACCUCUUCACCAUCCACAGUUUCCCUGGUGCUAUCCCUGUUUUCACUUUGUGGUGCUGAGGCUCAAACUCAAGACCAGAAGCUUGAUGAGGUUUAUAUUCUACUUACUGAUCCAUUUCCUGGACCUCAUGAACAUUCUUAACAUCAGUUUCCUCCUCUCUCUCCACCAUCCACCAUCAUAGAAUUGAAGAGUGGAGGCCUUACUCAGGAUUAGCAUUGGUUUAAGGCUGGUUUGGUCUUCUAUUCAGAUUAAAUGUUCCCCAUGUCAGCACUGAAGGAAAUUUCACUCUUGGAAACACCAAAGGAGUCAAUGAUAGCUUUGGCAAAGGAAAAUAAAUGUCUUUCCUCUUUGCAUGAUAUGGUAUCUGGCAUUUUGAACACCUGUGCUUGACUGGUUGGCUUAAAGAGUUAUCUUAUGAAAUCAAAGAAGACAUAAGUCACUGAAGUUCUUUCCAUCCUCAAUGCUAAAGGACAUUUUAAGACCAAUGUACAUCUCCAAACUUUGAUCUGGCUGAAAUAAUUCAUAUUGCAGAGCUGUGGGGAUGUCUGGGAGCAAGAGACACAACUAAGACUCCAAACUGCUUUCUUUGUCUGAAAAACUACACAGCGCCAUCCCUUCUGACUCUGGGACUGUGCACAUCUCCAGAGACUUCACUUGAAUGUUUACACUCCUGCUUGCUGCCCUGCAUAUCACUAGCUAGUGUUCACCUUCUAAAACUUCCAGGUGUCGGGGGUUGAGCUUGCUUGGCACGGCAGCAUGGCUAGGGUGAGCUUUGUUUUGGCAGCUUACAGAGCAGUGCUGGGCUUGCUAGUGAUUGCAUUCACUGGGUCUUCACUACAAAGUAGUGAGUGCCCCCAACUUUGUGUGUGUGAAAUCAGACCCUGGUUCACCCCACAGUCAACAUACCGGGAGGCCACCACUGUGGACUGCAAUGACCUCCGCUUAACCAGGAUUCCCAGCAACCUCUCCAGUGACACACAAGUGCUUCUCUUACAGAGCAAUAACAUCGCCAAGACUAUGGAUGAGCUCCAACAGCUAUUCAACCUGACUGAGCUCGAUUUCUCCCAGAACAACUUUACAAAUAUCAGAGAGGUUGGGCUGGCCAACCUGACCCAGCUUACCACGCUACAUCUGGAGGAAAAUCAGAUUACGGAAAUGACUGAUUACUGUCUGCAGGACCUUAACAACCUUCAAGAACUCUACAUCAACCAUAACCAGAUAAGCACGAUUUCUGCAAAUGCUUUCUCAGGCUUAAGAAACCUUCUAAGACUCCAUCUGAACUCCAACAAGUUGAAAGUCAUCGAUAGCCGUUGGUUUGACUCAACGCCCAACCUGGAAAUUCUCAUGAUUGGGGAGAACCCUGUGAUUGGAAUUCUGGAUAUGAACUUCAAGCCCCUUUCAAAUUUGAGAAGCUUGGUUUUGGCAGGGAUGUACCUCACUGACAUCCCUGGGAAUGCCUUGGUGGGUCUGGAGAGCCUGGAGAGCCUGUCUUUUUAUGAUAACAAGCUGGUCAGAGUUCCUCAGCUCGCCCUGCAGAAAGUUCCAAAUUUAAAAUUCUUAGACCUGAACAAAAACCCCAUCCACAAAAUCCAAGAAGGGGACUUCAAAGACAUGCUUCGGUUAAAAGAACUGGGGAUCAACAACAUGGGGGAGCUGGUUUCUGUGGACCGCUACGCCCUCGACAACUUGCCUGAGCUCACAAAGCUGGAAGCCACCAACAACCCCAAGUUAUCUUACAUCCACCGCCUGGCUUUCCGGAGCGUCCCUGCCCUAGAGAGCUUGAUGCUGAACAACAAUGCCUUGAAUGCCAUUUACCAAAAGACGGUGGAGUCCCUUCCCAAUCUGCGCGAGAUCAGCAUCCACAGCAACCCCCUGAGAUGUGACUGUGUCAUCCACUGGAUCAACUCCAACAAGACCAACAUCCGCUUCAUGGAGCCCCUGUCUAUGCACUGUGCCAUGCCCCCGGAAUACAGAGGGUACCAGGUGAAAGAGGUUCUGAUCCAGGACUCCAGUGAGCAGUGCCUCCCCAUGAUCUCACAUGACACCUUCCCCAACCGCCUGAACAUGGACGUGGGCACCACGGUGUUCCUCGACUGCCGGGCCAUGGCUGAGCCCGAGCCCGAGAUUUACUGGGUCACUCCCCUCGGAAAUAAGAUCACCGUGGAAAUGUUUUCCGAAAAGUACAGGCUCAGUAGUGAAGGGACCUUGGAGAUCUCUAACAUACAGGUGGAAGACUCCGGAAGGUACACCUGUGUGGCCCAGAAUGUUGAAGGAGCGGACACCCGUGUGGUGACCAUCAGGGUGAAUGGAACGCUUCUGGAUGGUGCCCAGGUGCUGAAAAUCUACGUCAAGCAGACAGAGUCUCAUUCUAUUUUGGUGUCCUGGAAGGUUAAUUCCAACGUCAUGACGUCAAACCUCAAGUGGUCCUCCGCCACCAUGAAGGUUGACAACCCCCACAUCACGUACACUGCCAGGGUCCCAGUGGAUGUGCAUGAGUACAAUCUGACCCACCUGCAGCCUUCCACAGACUACGAGGUGUGCCUCACGGUCGCCAACAUUCACCAGCAGACUCAAAAGUCCUGUGUGAAUGUCACCACCAAGAACGCUGCCUUUGCGCUGGACAUCAGCGACCGGGACACCAGCACAGCCCUGGCAGCGGUCAUGGGGUCUAUGUUCGCUGUCAUCAGCCUUGCGUCCGUCUCUGUGUACAUUGCGAAGAGGUUUAAGCGGAAGAACUACCACCACUCGCUCAAAAAGUACAUGCAAAAGACCUCUUCCAUCCCACUCAAUGAGCUGUAUCCACCACUCAUCAACCUCUGGGAGGGGGACAGUGAGAAGGACAAAGAGGGUUCUACAGACACAAAACCCACCCAGGUGGACACAUCCAGAAGCUAUUACAUGUGGUGACUUGGCGGACUUUGCUUCAGGUAGUAAGGAGCACAAAUAUGUUUUUGCUUUAUUCUGCAAAAGCAACAAAGCUGAAGACUUUUUGUAUUUUUUUGACUUUGCUAGCUUGUGGCAGAGUGGAGAGGGCGGGUGAAUCUUUCCCAUUUUUUUAGUAUAGCGUAUCGCAAGUUUUGGCUCAGCUGCAGGUGAGGCUGCGGGCUGAGGUUUGGUUUUUAUUCUUAUCAUUAUUAUGAUUGUUAUAUUAUUAUCAUUUGGUUUUAGUUGUGCUAAACUCAAUAAUGUUGUUCUAACUACAAUGUUCAAUCAAACGAUGAAGGACAGGUUGGGGUUCCCCGGCACUUCCUUUGGCCAGUAGCAUGACCCCUAUUUCUGAAGCCAUCGCUAGACAGCACCAUGUCCUCCAAAAUGCUAACAAGCAGUUCUGAAGCAGCAUUGAACCUUUUGUAGCAAGCUGGUCAGCAGACUUGGAACUUCUGAAGCUAAGACUAGACUUGUUACCUUCCUUGAAUGAUGUUAGUUGACUAUACUGUAAUGUUGUAUCAACUCACUGAAUGUUUGCCUUUGAACAAUGACUUUCAUUUUUGAUUUUGUUUUAUAUAUAUAUAUAUAUAAACAUAUAUAUAUAAUAGUUAAAGAGGCUCAGAACAAGUUAACAGGCAAUAGAAAUAUGUUUAUCAAAUUUUUUAUUGUAACAAACUACAUGUUAAAUGUUACCUUAUUCUUUUUAUCUUUAGUAGACACUUUUAAAAGGAAAGACAAUAAUUUUGUUGUGUUUAAUUCACCAAUAUGUGGUGUAUAAAGAAGACAGAACUAUAAUAAAUUAGUUUUGUUCUGAUUUUUAGAAGACUUGCAAUAAUGGAUCCUUUAUAGUCCUUGCUAGUUGCACUGGUGGUAUUUUUUUUUUUACAAUCCCCAAACAAACACUAAAAUAAAUACAACUAUAGCAUGCUGCUUUUUAAAA